AUGGGGAACCAGGAUGGGAAGCUGAAGAGGAGCGCAGGUGAUGCCUCCCACGAAGGCAGCGGCGGCGGAGCGGAGGAUGCCGCGGGGCCCAGGGAUGCGGAAACCACAAAGAAGGCGAGCGGGAGCAAAAAGGCGCUCGGCAAGCACGGCAAGGGGGGAGGGGGCGGCGGGGAGAGCAGCAAGAAGAAGAGCAAGUCGGAUUCUAGAGCCUCGGUGUUUUCCAACCUGCGAAUCAGAAAGAACCUGACCAAGGGGAAAGGUGCCGGCGACUCGCGGGAGGAUGUGCUGGACUCUCAGGCCCUGCCGAUCGGGGAGCUGGACAGCGCUCACUCCAUAGUCACCAAGACCCCGGACCUCAGCCUCUCUGCUGAGGAGACGGGCCUAUCGGAUACCGAAUGUGCCGACCCUUUCGAGGUGAUCCAUCCAGGUGGUCCUAGGCCUGCCGAGGCUGGGGUAGGGAUCCAGGCGCCUGCGGGGGAUUUGGAAACUGCGGCAGGAGCCCAAGAUGGACAAAGGACCAGUUCUGGUUCGGACACGGACAUCUAUAGCUUCCACUCCGCUACGGAGCAGGAGGAUUUGCUCUCAGACAUCCAGCAGGCAAUUCGCCUGCAGCAACAGCAGCAGCAGCAACAGCAGCAGAAACUGCUGCUCCAGGACUCCGAGGAGCCUGCAGCGCCCCCCACUGCCAUCUCCCCUCAACCUGGGGCCUUUCUGGGCCUGGACCAGUUCUUGCUGGGACCUAGUAGCGAGGCUGGAAAGGACGCGGAUCAGACACAAUCGGUGAGACCCGACUUGCCUGAGACCACCAAGUCCCCGGUGACUGAGCAUCCUCCGUCCUCUGGAGGCCACUUGGCCUCUGAGACUCCAGGCUACGCGACCGCCCACUCCGCAGGCACAGACUCUCUUUCAUCUCCAGCCUUCACAUUUCCUGAACCUGAGUCAAGGGAGGGCGCAACCGGAGCCCCAGCGCCCGAAGCUGGGGACACAGAUGAGGAGUGCGAGGAGGAUGCUUUUGAGGAUGCUCCCCGAGGCUCUCCAGAGCAGGAAUGGGUUCCAGAGGAGGGAGAAUCUUCACAGAGGCCGGAGGAAGAGCCGGAGGAGGGGAUGCGAGGGCCCAGUGUCUCGGCAGUAGCUUCUUUGCCUGGCAGCCCUGCGCCCAGCCCACGAUGUUUCAAACCUUACCCACUCAUCACCCCCUGCUACAUCAAGACCACCACUCGGCAGCUCAGCUCGCCCAAUCACUCCCCGUCCCAGUCCCCCAACCAGAGUCCUAGGAUCAAGAAGCGACCGGAGCCUUCCGUGAGUCGGAGCCCCAGAACUGCCUUGGCCUCUGCUGCGGCCCCGGCAAAGAAGCACCGGUUGGAAGGCAGCCUCACCGGCGGCCUUAGCCGCUCAGCCGACUGGACCGAGGAGCUAGGCGUCCGUACGCCGGGGGCAGGGGGCUCUGUGCACCUGCUGGGGCGCGGGGCUACUGCGGAUGAGAGUGGUGGCGGGUCCCCUGUGCUGACCGCCAAAGCACCUGGGGCUGCAGCGACAGCUGAUGGCUUUCAGAAUGUGUUCACAGGGCGGACUCUGUUGGAGAAGCUCUUUAGCCAGCAGGAGAACGGGCCUCCGGAAGAAGCCGAGAAAUUCUGCUCGCGGAUCAUCGCCAUGGGCCUUCUGCUCCCUUUUAGUGACUGCUUCAGGGAACCAUGUAAUCAGAACACUGGGUCAAGCUCAGCUCCAUUUGAUCAAGAUCAGCUUUACACCUGGGCUGCAGUUAGUCAACCCACACAUUCCAUGGACUACAACGAAGGGCGGUUUCCCAGGAUAGAACCAUCCAGGCUUCCUGAUGAAGAACACAGCCCCAAGGAUGUUGAUGCAGAACCUCAAUCCUCUAUUUUGGAAAGCCCGAAAAAAUGUCCAAACGGUGUCCAGCAGGAACUUUAUGAUGUGAAGUCUGAAGGACAGGCAACUGUAAUUCAACAACUGGAACAAACCAUCGAGGAUCUGCGGACAAAAAUAGCAGAGCUAGAAAAACAGUAUCCAGCCCUGGACUUGGAGGGCCCUAGAGGCCUUCCAGGACUGGAGAAUGGAUUCCCAGCCUCUGCAGAAGUUGGUCUGGAUGCUCUCAGAUUGCAUGGGAAGGUGGCACAGCUUCCAAGAACUCUACAGGCCAAAUCAAUACAAACUUCCCCUACAGAAGAGGGUGGGAUCCUGACUCUGGCACCUUUAAAGUCAUGGCCGGAAGGUCCAUCAUGCCCACCUGCAGCUGAAAUUGGAGAAUCCGCUGUUCUGCCCUCACCCUCUGGACCUCAGACAAAGUUCUGUUCCGAGAUUUCCUUGAUUGUGUCUCCAAGGAGAAUAUCAGUACAGCUUGAGGCCCAACCAGCCACACAGAAUACAUCACAACUCCAUCCCCUUCCUCCCUCUCUCUCUGGGCCUGAUGGUCAAGGACUGCCCCUCCACCCUUCUCUGCAUACUGGAUUGGAAACCAGCCAUGAACAUUCUGUUUUGUCCUCCUUGGGAAACAGCUGUAAUAUCCCCCCUGCACCACCUCUGCCUUGUACAGAGUCCUCCAGCAUCAUGCCUGGCCUGGGCAUGGCGAUUCCCCCACCUCCUUGUCUCUCUGACAUAACAGUGCCUGCUCUGCCCAGUACAACAGCCCCACAAUCUACCAGUCUACAGGGAACAGAAAUGCUGCCAGCCCCUCCCCCACCUCCUCCACUCCCAGGACUUGGAAUACCCCCUCCCCCUCCUCUUCCUGGAGUGGAAAUACCCCCUCCCCCUCCUCUCCCUGGAGUAGAAAUACCCCCUCCCCCUCCUCUCCCUGGUGUGGAAAUACCCCCUCCCCCUCCUCUCCCUGGUGUGGGAAUACCCCCUCCCCCUCCUCUCCCUGGUGUGGGAAUACCCCCUCCCCCUCCUCUCCCUGGAGUGGGAAUACCUCCUCCCCCUCCUCUUCCUGGAAUGGGAAUACCUCCUCCCCCUCCUCUACCUGGAAUAGAAAUACCUCCCCCUCCUCCUCUCCCUGGAAUGGGAAUACCUCCUCCUCCUCCUCUCCCUGGAGUGGUAAUACCCCCUCCCCCUCCUCUCCCUGGAGUGGGAAUACCUCCUCCCCCUCCUCUCCCUGGAGUGGGAAUACCCCCACCUCCCCCACUUCCUGGAGUGGGCAUACCUCCUCCCCCUUCUCUACCUGGAGCUGCUAUUCCUCCACCUCCUCCUCUCCCAGGUAUGGGGGUUCCUCCAGCCCCACCUCCCCCUGGGGGCAGCAUCCCUCCACCCCCUCUGUUGCCUGGCUCAGGUCCUUUCCUCUCCUCACAAGCUGGGAGUAGCUCUUUACCAGCACCACAAGUGUGUGGAUUUCUUUUUCCUCCAUUGCCAACUGGCUUAUUUGGAUUGGGGAUGAAUCAGGACAGAGGCGCUAGGAAGCAGCCAAUUGAGCCUUGCCGGCCAAUGAAGCCUCUCUAUUGGACAAGAAUUCAACUCCAUAGUAAAAGAGACUCCAGUCCUGCACUUAUUUGGGAGAAAAUUGAAGAGCCCUCCAUAGAUUGUCAUGAAUUUGAAGAAUUAUUUUCUAAAACUGCCGUAAAGGAAAGAAAGAAACCCAUUUCUGAUACAAUCUCAAAGACAAAGGCAAAACAAGUUGUCAAGUUGCUUAGCAACAAACGAUCACAAGCAGUAGGAAUUCUAAUGUCUAGUCUUCAUUUAGAUAUGAAAGACAUACAACAUGCUGUUGUGAACCUGGACAACUCUGUGGUUGACCUGGAGACCCUUCAAGCUCUCUAUGAGAAUAGAGCACAGUCAGAUGAACUGGAAAAAAUUGAAAAGCACAGUCGAUCCUCCAAGGACAAGGAAAAUGCCAAGUCUCUUGACAAACCUGAACAGUUCCUGUAUGAGCUGUCUCUAAUCCCCAACUUCUCAGAGCGAGUCUUCUGCAUCCUGUUCCAGUCAACGUUUUCAGAGAGCAUUUGUUCAAUUCGUCGUAAACUGGAAUUGCUACAGAAACUGUGUGAGACAUUAAAAAAUGGACCAGGGGUCAUGCAAGUCCUGGGUUUGGUUCUAGCCUUUGGGAACUACAUGAAUGCUGGAAACAAGACGCGAGGACAGGCAGAUGGUUUUGGACUAGACAUUCUGCCAAAGCUAAAGGAUGUCAAAAGCAGCGACAACAGCAGAAGCCUUUUGUCGUAUAUUGUCUCAUAUUAUCUUCGAAAUUUUGAUGAGGAUGCUGGCAAGGAGCAGUGUGUCUUCCCUCUGGCAGAGCCCCAGGAGCUGUUCCAGGCCUCACAGAUGAAAUUCGAAGACUUCCAGAAAGAUCUCAGAAAACUUAAGAAAGACCUGAAAGCCUGUGAGGUGGAAGCGGGGAAAGUGUACCAGGUCUCCUCGGAAGAGCACAUGCAGCCGUUCAAGGAGAGUAUGGAGCAGUUCAUCAGUCAAGCUAAAAUUGACCAAGAAUCACAAGAGACUGCCCUGACAGAGACUCAUAAAUGCUUUUUGGAGACCACAGCCUACUACUUCAUGAAACCAAAAAUUGGAGAGAAGGAGGUGUCCCCAAAUGUUUUCUUCAGUGUCUGGCAUGAAUUCAGCUCUGACUUUAAGGACUCUUGGAAAAAGGAGAACAAACUGAUUCUGCAAGAGAGAGUUAAAGAAGCUGAGGAAGUGUGUAGGCAGAAGAAAGGAAAAGCACUCUACAAAGUAAAACCGAGACACGACUCUGGGAUUAAAGCAAAGAUAAGCAUGAAAACCUGA